AUGGCUCUUAAGCUUGGGCCUUUACCAGUAAUGGGAGUCAAUGUUACCAAAAAAUGUGCAAGUUCAAAGACUAGUAAACUUAAAGUUUUUGCUGUUGAUGUAGAUGGUGAAGCUGAGUUUCCUUCAUUUCUUCCAAAAGAGGUAGAGAAGAUCAAAGACCCAUUUGCAAGAUCUUUGGCUAAAAGAAUAGAGAGGUUGCCUGUGCAGACUGGAUUUUCAGAAAACUAUAUCAUGAGUAGUUGUGUUAAACCACUGAGACAAAGUGACAAAACCAGUCCAGUGGUUCUUCUGCAUUCCUUCGACAGUUCUUGUUUAGAAUGGAGAUGCAUAUAUCCCUUGCUUGAGGAGGCUGGUUUGGAAGCUUGGGCUGUUGAUGUUCUUGGAUGGGGCUUCUCUGAUUUAGAAACCUGUCCAUCAUGUGAGGUUGCAUCCAAGCGUCAUCACCUAUAUCAGCUUUGGGAGUCUUACAUCAAAAGGCCAAUGAUAUUAGUUGGACCUAGUCUUGGCGCUUCUGUUGCAAUUGAUUUUACAGUCCAUUAUCCAGAAGCUGUUGAAAGGCUGGUGUUGAUCAACCCAUGUGUGUAUGCUGAAGGCACUGGAUCUCUUGCAAAUUUACCAGAAUUGGUAGCCUAUGCUGGGGUUUCUUUCUUAAAGAGCCUCCCAUUGCGCUUUUAUGCAAACAUGUUGGCCUUCAAUGGUAUUCAAUUGCUUACAAUCUUGGACUGGACUAAUGUGGGCCGAUUGCAUUGUCUGUUGCCAUGGUGGAAAGAUGCAACUGUCAGUUUUAUGUUUAGUGGGGGCUAUAAUGUUACUUCCCACAUAAAACAGGUAAAGCACAAAACCCUUAUCAUAUGUGGGGAGAAUGAUCGGAUUGUGAGCUACAAGCUUGUAGUGAAAUUGCACUCUGAACUAUCUGAUGCAAUCAUUCGAGAAGUAUCUGAUUCUGGACAUCUCCCUCAUGUGGAUAAUCCCAAACGAGUUGCAAAAUUAAUUGUUAAUUUUGCUCAAGGCGACACUGAUGUUGAUGCCAAGAGCCUGUUUUGCCUGGCUCAGUUAACGGCUUUACGCAGCUUUCACUUCACUUUGUCUGUCUCGUCCAUUCGUCUGACUGAAGAGGAAGAAGAAGAAGAAGAAGAAGAAGAAGAAGACAUGGACGGUGAUGUGGAAGAGAGGCGAGUUCAAGCUCGAUUUAUAACAAAAUUGAAGCCACCCUAUAAAGUCCCAAAUACUUCAAUUGCUAUCCCUGCUAAUCUCACCCGUUUUGGUCUCUCUACUAUAAUCAAUUCCCUCCUCAAAUCCGGAGAUGAUGAAUGGGAAUCGCAGCCGUUUGAUUUUCUAAUUGAUGGAGAACUGGUUCGGUUGCCACUUGAACAUUUUCUGCUUGCCAAGGGCAUUUCGGCGGAGAAGGUAUUGGAAAUCGAAUACAUAAAGGCGGUAGCCCCGCAGAAAGAGGAUGCGCCUUCUUUACACGAUGAUUGGGUCAGCGCUGUGGAUGGUUCUUGUCCUCGGUUCAUUUUGACAGGCUGCUACGAUAGUUUUGGAAGGGUGUGGAAAACUGCUGGAGAAUGUACUCAUAUACUAGAGGGACACAGUGAUGCAAUUACUUCUGUCAGUAUUGUUAACUCAGAAGGUGCUGAUAGUGUUACUGUGGCCACUGCCUCGAAAGAUCAAACUCUGAGGCUGUGGAAGUUUUAUGCAGAGGAACAUUUAGACCAGCCUGCAAAGACUAGUGCCUUCAAAAUUUUAUGUGGGCAUAAUGCAUCUGUGCAAAGUGUUGCAGCACAGGCUUCUGGAAGCAUGAUCUGUUCGGGUUCCUGGGAUUGUACAAUCAAUUUAUGGCGGACAAAUGUGUCUGACACAGAAGGUGAUAUAGUGUCAAUUAAGAAGAGAAAAGUGAAAAAAAGGCUGAGGAAUCUCAGUUGGAGAAUUGAUGGGGAGGCUUUGUCUACACUUGUGGGCCAUACUCAAUGUGUAUCCUCAGUCUACUGGCCAGAACACAGUACAAUCUAUUCUGCGUCCUGGGAUCAUUCUGUUAGAAGAUGGGAUGUUGAGACGGGCAAAGAUUUGUCUAACAUAUUCUGCGGAAAAGCCCUUAACUGCCUUCAUGUUGGUGGUGAAGGUUCUGCUCUCAUUGCUGCUGGUGGUUCUGACCCAAUCCUUAGGGUAUGGGAUCCACGAAAACCAGGAACUUCUGCUCCUGUUUAUCAGUUCUCUUCACAUGAUUCUUGGAUUUCGGCAUGCAAGUGGCACCCUAAAUCAUUGUUUCAUCUACUUUCUGCUUCUUAUGAUGGGAAAAUCAUGUUGUGGGAUCUAAGAACUGCGUGGCCUCUGGCUAUUAUUGAUUCACACGAGGACAAGGUGUUAUGUGCUGACUGGUGGAAAGGCGAUAGUGUGAUCAGUGGUGGGGUAGACUCGAAGCUCUGCAUUUCCUCUGGAAUUUCUGUGCAAUGA